UUACACCCUAAAUCCCCAAUGUCAUAAAUUGUACUACUAAAUCCCUAAUGUCAUUAGUUGUGCCUCUUGUGCGUUCAUUUCAUGAAAUCAAUCAACCUUCAAAUUCAAGGUUUGUUCAAGUCGUCAUCGACAACCUCUGUUUAGGUUAAGUUCAAGCUUUGUUCAAGUCGUCAUUGUCCGCCUCCAUUUAAAAUAAGUUCAUCAUCUUGAUUUCAGAACUCUCUUUUCGGAUAGAUUCUGGAAAGGAUAUGGAGGUGAUUGUCAACAAUUCUUUGACUAUGCUAGUAGUGCCUCAACAACAAGGUAAAGACACUUCUCAUAGACGCACUCCUACUAAAAAACAAAAAAGAACAACUCCUCGAGAACCUUCUGGAUCUGGGAAGACUGGUAGAGAGACGUCUGAAAUUUGGGAUCAUUUCACCAAAUUUAUUGGUAAAGGAGGUGGUCGAGUUCUUGAUUCUUAUCGGAGUUCUUUAUCACCAAAAACAGUAAAAACUCUUAUUUGUACUCAACAAUGGAUACGGUCACCUUCCAAGGAAUAUAAAUUUGAAGACAUUUUGGAGGAAGUCCAGAAAAUUGAGCAAGUUGAAGAAGAAUAUCCAGACUUGCCUUUGGGGAUUGAUUAGAGAGGUAGUUAACUAUAAUUUUCUCCCGGACUACUUUUGAAAUCUUGACUACUUAAAGGUAAUUAAAAGAGCAUCUAUUAGUUUCUUUACUUUUGUCUAUAACCUUUCUGUUGAGCCUAAAAUAUUUGAUUAUUUACUAAUAUUUAAGGUAUUACAAAUGAUUAUCCCAAGGAAAAGGAUGGAACUGUAAUGAAUCUCCCUAAGAUUGGAAUUUGGGUCAUUGUGCCUUUACUAACAUUCUGGAACAUGCUCCUCUGGAUUAAGAUGCCCAACUUUUUAAAGUUUAAUAUAUUCUCUUUUUGUUUAUUUUCUAUGACUCUUGGCGGUAGUGUCUACUAUUAAAAUGUUGGUGAUAAUUCAUAUGUAGAGUGCAAUAUAAUUUGCAGUUUAUCUUUUUGGUAGUCUAUUGACUCUUAGAUGUAAUUCUAUGACUCUUAGUUGUAACUAUUGUUGGGCUUAGGCCUUUUUGAAAGAUUUCAUUAGAGAUAGAAGAAUACGAUGAUAAUUGGUAUCAAAGAUUAAAGGAAGGUUAUGUCAAGAAAAUGAUUUCAGGUAAAGUUUAUCAUUGUCCAUUCUAUACCGGAAGAAAAAGAAGCAAGCCUACAACAUUAAAAAUCUUGUGCAACAUUCUUCAGGAGUGAGCAAAGGCUCAAAAGAAAGGUACUAAAGAAAUAUUUUGGAGUAUAAGUUUAUAAAAAAAAACCAAAAAAUCCGAGAAACUCGAGAUUAAAAAACCCGAUUUUUGUUGGUUUGGUUUGAUCUAUAGAUUUAAAAACUCGAUAUAGUUGAUUUGAUUUGAUUUUGAUAAAAAACGAACCAACCUGGUCUAUAUACACCCCUGGAGAGGAGAGGUGGAAGAAAGGGCUCGUACUUUAUAGUAAUGGAUAUAGACCCUUUUCUAAUUUAAAGAGCUAUCCUUUGUUGUAUUCCAAUUUGCACCACUUUCCUUAGUCUUUAGGCUUUCAUUCCAUUAGAAAGUUUACUUUUUCCAAUUCCAGAUUUUCUCAUAAUGGGUGCCGAGGGUUUUUCGGAGCCGAGGGUAUUUCGGAAAUUGCCUCUCUAUCUCCGAAGUAGGGGUAAUGUCUGCGUACACACUACCCUCUCAAGAUCUCACACAUGAGAUAUUACUGAGUUGUUGUUGUUAUUGUUGGGAAUACAAGGUCAAUGGAAGAAAUCAUGGUAAAUGUUAUAUCAGAACUUUUCACAAAGAGCAGUAAAGGAAAAACAUUGAAGUUGUAGUUUUAACAGGUAAGUACCUUUUGUUUUUCUUUUUUACUUUCAUAUGAGUAUUCACCAAAUUGUAUUGUUUAUGCAAGUUUUAGUUAAGUAACACUCCCUAUACUCUUUUGAUAUGAAA